CCAGUAGAAGAAAUGAGGAAUCGCAUUUGGCAAUUGGAGAGUGGUAAAAAUACAUUAUUAUUUAUGUAUUUAUACGUUCUUCAGCGCAUUUAAUUUAACUUGUCGAUAUAACCAAUUCAAAUUGGCCACACAUUCUGUUAUCUUUAUCAACAUGAUAGUUCCGUAACUGUCCGCCGCCAAAUUUGAAAUCCUGCGUGUGCAACCUUUUUUCGACGAGUAGUAGUUUGGUGUACAAUACAAACUAAAGGCUUCUAUGCGGUACAUGGUACUGGUGUCAAUGCUGCUUAUUUGAUCAGCAUCCAGCCAUGAAAUGCCGUGAAGCGUCUUCCCAGAAUGAUGUGUUUGAUGGCUGAGUCAGGAACAGCUAGACAUGUCAAAAUAGCACCGACAUUCCGCUGUAGAACUCGACAGUUUGAGAGAAACGAUGCUAUUAAGCUUCACCAACUCACGAACAGCCCAAGUCAGGGAAAUGCUGCGGCUGAUCAGGAGAGCAGAGGAGGUUGUGAGCAGAGUAGUGGGCCUCCUGACUGUGGAGAGUUGUCCCUGCGAGCCUGCCUCAAAGACAUCCAGACAUCUAACCCAACAUUUCCUGUCAGCAAAGUGUUUGAUAACCUGCUGAAAAAGGCUGAGCCAGAAGGAGAGAACAUGGAAAAGAGGAAGCAGGGUGGAAACAGUACUCAGAGGGUCCCCAAACGUUUCAAGUGCAAUGACACUAGCAAAGAAAACAGUCAUGUUCCCAGGUUAUUGAACCUGGAUGCUGUCAGUCCAGUGAAGACCAGAACCAGCAGACUGAGUCGCACUCGCAGGUUGAAGCAGCUUCGAAGCCUUGUGGAUGUUCAGGAGGACGACUCGAUAAGAACUACUCGCACUGAAUCAAGCAGUUGCUCAUUCAGGACCAGCCAAGAACCAGAAACAGAAAGCAGCUCUGAGGAUGUUCCAUGGACGGAGAAGUACAGCCCUCGCUGCAGCAGUGAAGUGAUUGGCAAUGAUGCAGCUGUCAGCAAACUAUAUAGUUGGUUUCAAAAAUGGAAGCAAAGAGCUGACCGUGAUGAAACGGGGGAAAGAGAGAGGAAGAAAAACCAUAGCGAUACUUGGGACAGUGGGGACUUCCAGGGUGCAGCUGGCGAUGAAGAGCUCAGAGAGAAGCCGCCUCAUAACUUGGUGUUAAUCUCAGGGCCUUCGGGUGUUGGCAAGACUGCAUCAGUGUACGCCUGUGCCUUUGAGCUUGGCUUCAAGGUGUUUGAGGUUAACAGCUCAUCUCAGCGCAACGGCCGUCAUGUUUUGGCGCAACUGAAAGAAGCAACGCAGUCGCACCUUGUGGAAACGUCGGACAGAGACCACCUGAAACCUUCUUACUUCAGCAGCUACAAAAACUGCCUCCUAAGGAGCGAUGAUCGUCCAGGAAAACCUGCAUCCACCCAAAAUAUGAUCCGCAGUGCAAAACGCCGCCCACCUCCGUCGUUUUCCCGUUCCAGUCGCAGAGACGCCUCCCUUGCUCCUAAAGCCACACUGACCGACUACUUUAAAGCAAAGGCCAAAGCUGAUCAGUUGUGCUUUGGACAAGUUGUCAUGAAUGACCAUGUUGGCGACACAGAAGCGGAAACUGACCGAAAGGAGAAGAAAAUAAAGGCCACUUCCCUGAUUCUGUUUGAAGAGGUCGAUGUCGUAUUUGAAGAUGAUGUUGGCUUCUAUGCAGCAAUCAAGACUUUCAUGUCGACGGCAAAAAGGCCGGUUGUCCUCAUCAGUGAUGAUCCUAAAUUCAAGGAGAGAUUCUGUUGCCACGUGGAAGAAAUACUUUUCAAGUCCCCAUCAGCUGCCCACAUCUGUAGCUACCUGCAGCUGGUGUGUUUAGCUGAGAGAGUGAGGCUGGAGUUGGACGAUGCCAUGAGCCUUGUGACACUGACCCGUGGAGACAUCCGGCGCUGCCUUCUUCAGUUGCAACUGUGGGCCAAAGGCUUGAAUAGCAAUGAACUGCCCAGUUUGGACUCCCAAAUCCUCCCACAGCGAGCCUCUUGUACAGCCAGCAUGGUGGGUCUGGCUCCUGUCACCAAAGACCACCUGUUGGAAAUACUUGAACGCUGGAGUGAGUCAGACAUGAAGGAGAUCCUGACGCUCCUCUCUGAGAGCUGGAGACGAGAGGUUCCUCUGCUGUACUCCAACCUGGACGUUCUCUUCCCCUCAAAGAACUAUUUAAAGCUGCUGGGCAGGGAGGCCUCUGCUGUGAAGGUGAAGCAGAGACUGAGCCGGAGAAGACCUGGACCAUCAUCCCGGUCAAGAACUACCUCAGAAUGUCUGGGCUUAGGCUCUCUUAGGAGGUCUGACAAAGCAUCCGUCGAUUGCUUGUCUGCAUUUACUGAUUUGUUUGAGCUGAUGUCAGAACUUGACGCCACUGUACCAGCAGUUCCAAUUUCAUGCCGGUCAGAGGAGUUUGUUUGGACUGGCUGCGAGAUAAAAGACGGCAUGUUGGAUGAGCUUGAUGGAGAGCUGGUCAGAAAGCAUCACCAGAGGACAACCCUUGAAAUUAAAGCUGCUGUUGAGGGUUUGGGCUUUCGUGGCUGCUGGGAUCGAGUGUGGAAGGAAGCCAGAAGGCACUGGCCAGAACAAGCAGACAGACAGUGGCGGAAAAGGAAGAGCUUGAGCUUCUGUCUUCAGCCUCUGUGUUCAGUGAGUGAGAGCCAAAGACGAUACAAGAUGAGCAGGACACUACUGAGCGGUGACAGCUUCGGCCUGUUGGGGAGCAGCAGCAGGUCGGCUGCCUGCGUCGACUGUGUGCCAUAUCUUCGUUUUAUGUGUCGCCUCAGGAGAUCUCAAACACCAGAUCAGCAAGAAAGCUGGAAGGAGUGCCUGUGCCUCAGCAGAAGAUCGGAUGGGAAGUUGAUCCGGGGAAACUUCUGCGUCACGGACUCCGUCAUCAGUUGCCUCACCGCCUGCGCUCCGCUGGUCCUCGAAUCUCCAACCAUCAGCCCAAAGUGA